AUGCAGAGAGAGUUGGGAAGACUACAGUUCAUAAAUCCAGGCGGGUUAAUGGUACAGCCGAUAAAUAACCGUAGAUCGAGGCGAAAAGUGAAUGAGGACAGGGAUACCAUGCAGGAAAAGCGUCAAGUCUUUCAUGAUAAGAGAGGGAAGCUUAUCAUUCCUGGUGAAGAGUGCAUUACAAUCUGCGACUGCCUACUAGCAGAAUGUCACGGAUGCCACUGGCCAUGUGAACACUGUGGAAGUCGACUGUGCGGUACAAUGUGUCAGCAGAAUCGGAAAAAAUUCGUGAGCGUCACUCCAGAAACUGUAACCAGCAAUCCCUUUGCUCCAAAAAAGUCUUAA